UCCGGCGGCAGCGGCGAUCGGGCGUCGGGUGACGCCAGGCGGACGAGUCGUCACGUGACACGGAAGUGACUACGAACAGGAAGAGGACGAAAAAAAUAACCGUCCGCGACGCUGAGCCGAACCGGACCCGCAGCCACGAUGAACAGCAAAGGUCAAUAUCCAACGCAGCCAACCUACCCUGUGCAGCCUCCGGGGAAUCCAGUGUAUCCUCAGACCUUGCAUCUUCCUCAGGCUCCACCAUAUACUGAUGCUCCACCUGCCUACUCAGAGCUCUAUCGUCCGAGCUUUGUGCACCCAGGGGCUGCCACAGUCCCCACCAUGUCAGCUGCAUUUCCUGGCGCCUCACUGUAUCUUCCCAUGGCCCAGUCUGUGGCUGUUGGACCUUUAGGUUCCACAAUCCCCAUGGCUUAUUAUCCAGUUGGUCCCAUCUAUCCACCUGGUUCAACAGUGCUGGUGGAUGGAGGGUAUGAUGCAGGUGCCAGAUUUGGAGCUGGGACUGCUGCUGGCAACAUUCCUCCUCCACCCCCUGGAUGCCCUCCCAAUGCUGCUCAGCUUGCAGUCAUGCAGGGAGCCAAUGUCCUUGUAACUCAGCGGAAGGGAAACUUCUUCAUGGGUGGCUCAGAUGGUGGCUACACCAUCUGGUGAAGAACCAAGGCCACCUCUGUGCCGGGAAAGACAUCACAUACCUUCAGCACUUCUCACAAUGUAACUGCUUUAGUCAUAUUAACCUGAAGUUGCAGUUUAGACACAUGUUGUUGGGGUGUCUUUCUGGUGCCCAAACUUUCAGGCA